CAAAUCUCACCCAUGUCGAGUCGAGCGCGAGAGACAGGAGCGUAAGCUUGUCCGCGAUCGUUUGUCCGCGUUCGACAAGUCUUUCAAAUAUCGUGUGUGCAAUCAUUAAACAGUAUAUCUAAAGAUAAUCAUAUUUGUAUAAUCAGUUUUCGAAAUAAAAAUUUGGGAAGACUUGGAAAGUGAAGACUGCGAAGGAACUACAAUUAAUACGGGCUUGUGUGUGGGCAUAUAAUAGCCGAUCGGGCAUACUGGUGACACGAUUGCGGAUUUUCCUUCAACAAGAAAGAACAUACGAAGCUCGCAAAGUGCAUGUGCUAGUGUGCGUGUCACUGGAAAGAGUUCAGAGCCGCUUCGGCGGCGCUCCCAAAUCUAACCGCAGAAUCGAGUCUGUGGUGGUGAGGCCGCGGCACUAUCGGGGCACGAUUGAGUACGAUCACGAUCGCACGCGGCGGGGCCGUUUGUAAUGGAGGAGGUUUCCGAGUGUAUUCCCGUGCGACAGAACAGUCACGGCGAUGCACGCCGUAUUGACUGAGACGCGAUAUCUAUCGUUGACUAUUCCUCCCGGCCGGCCGGGUGAAAGAGGCAGGUCGAAAUUGGUAUGGAAUCGUCCAGGGUCCUCGACACGACGAACACUCUCUCCCGUCUGUGAUAAUUACUAGCCCCUUAAAAAGAGAUAGAAGAAGGGAAAAAGAGAGAGAUAGAGCUGUGUGUGUUUCGCGCGUGUUCUCAUCUGCUCUCUUCAUUACGUUUUUAAGUGUAAACAUUUCCCAAAAUUCAUUUCGAGGUUAGGAUAGCAUGGGGAUUGAUCCCCUGAAGGCAUCGACCGACAAACCGUGACACCUGCGACUCGCCGUGUUACGGUGUGUGCGUGUGUGUGCGUGCAUAUGUGUAUUCUCCCAGGAAGCCGCUGGAGUAUUAUUUUUCAUCGGCGGCCAUCCAAGGGAAGACCAAAGAAGAAAAUAUGUCAAGAAUGGGGAUCGAUCCCCAAUUAAACGCCGUGCAUCGUUUACACCAUUAAUUCGAUCCGGGACUAACAUUGGCAAUUUUUUAUCAUACAAUCGAUCCUUUCUGUCACGUUAAACAGACUGUCGCGGAUUAUUCUGCCACGACAGAGGACACUCGCACCAUGCAGAAAAGAGACGGUAGAGAUACACAGCUACAGCUCGCGCGUAGCUCUGAACGCGAACAGGAAACGACCAAGAGGAUCUCUCGUGGUAGCGGUAAUGCUACCAGAUUCAACGCGUAUUCCUCCAGGUACAGUGUCACCUCCUCCUCUAAUGUACUCAUGGUCGGUCCGAACUUCCGUGUUGGCAAGAAAAUUGGCUCUGGCAACUUUGGAGAACUUCGACUUGGAAAGAACCUCUACAAUAACGAGCAUGUAGCAAUUAAAUUGGAACCAAUGAGGUCGAAGGCGCCGCAGCUACACUUAGAAUAUAGGUUUUACAAAUUAUUAGGAGCUAGUGAGGGUGUACCAGAGGUGUAUUACUUCGGUCCUUGCGGGAAGUACAACGCCCUCGUGAUGGAACUUCUCGGACCAAGUCUGGAGGAUCUGUUCGAUCUCUGCGGUAGGAGGUUUACUCUAAAGACCGUUCUCAAAAUCGCCACACAAAUCCUCCAUAGGAUAGAAUACGUUCAUAGUCGGCAUUUGAUCUACCGCGAUAUCAAGCCUGAAAACUUCCUGAUAGGGCGAUCCUCGACGAAACGGGAAAAGAUUAUCCACAUCAUCGAUUUUGGAUUGGCCAAAGAGUACAUAGACCUGGAGACGAACAAACACAUACCGUAUCGGGAACACAAAAGCCUGACGGGCACAGCGCGUUACAUGAGCAUCAACACGCAUCUUGGAAAAGAGCAGAGCAGAAGAGACGAUCUAGAAGCGUUGGGCAACAUGCUGAUGUACUUCCUGCGUGGUAGCCUUCCGUGGCAAGGGCUGAAAGCGGACACGUUGAAAGAACGAUAUCAGAAGAUCGGCGAUACGAAGCGGAACACACCAAUCGAGAUUCUUUGCGAGGGGCAUCCCGAAGAAUUGGCUACGUACCUGCGAUACGUGCGUAGAUUGGAUUUCUUCGAGACGCCCGACUACGAGUACCUGAGGAAUCUCUUCAACGACUUGUACGAGAAACGGGGUUUUGUCAACGAUGAGGAAUUCGACUGGACCGGCAAGACGAUGCCACACAACUUCGACCAGCUUAGAAUUCUGAAGAUGGCUGCUCCCUCUCACGUUGGAAAAACUAGAUCCGAAAAGUCUACACCUGUUGGAUCCUUGCAGACUGGACAAGAGAUUAUCGUAUCUCCAAAUCGUGAUCGGCAUCCGUACAAAGAUGUGACAGAACCAGGGGUGGGAGGCGGGGGCGGUAAAUGGGUGGGAACCUCGAGGACAGAUACUGCGAAGCAAUCAGGAGCUGGUGGUACAUUGACACCCGCUGAUAGGCACGGUUCUGUUCAGGUGGUAUCUUCGACGAAUGGAGAACUAGCCAAUGAUGAUCCUACAGCAGGACAUUCUAAUACGCCAAUUACUGCGCCUCAAGAAGUAGACAUGGUCGACGAAACGAAUGUUUGGUUUAUUUGCAGAUGCUGUUGUUUCUUCAAACGGAAGAAGAAGAAAACUGGAAGACAAAAGUGACUGUCUGUUAUCGUCAGUCUUGGGGGGGACAAUACAGUGCGCGUGUAACGCAGAAGUGCAGAUGAAGUUUCUUUUUUUUUUUUUUCGGAUGAAUUGUUGUUGCGGCAGUGCGUGAAAGGACCAUGGACAAGAAAAGCUGCAGCCGAUCCGCAAUAUAGGGGAGGGCCGUUACCUUGCUACUACGUGCCGGAAGUCGAUCCGCUUCUCAAGAUUCGGUGCUGCACAUCAUCGUCGCGAUGUCACGCCUCCGUCGUUAUCGAAUUAAACCACAGCCAUCAUUAUUACCGCUAUUAUUAUUACUAUUAUUAUUAUCAUUAUUAUUAUCACGAUUAACUUUGCUCUUCUUCUUUUUCUUCUUACGAUUAUUAUUACGAUCACUAUUAUAAUAUUAUAUUAUUGCUAUAUUAUUUUAUUAUUAUUAUUAUUAUCAUCAUCGUUUAUGGAUUAUCAUCGUCAUUUCGUGUACGAUCAUCGUUCAAACGAAAAAGGAAGAACAUCGUUUGUCAAUCAAUGUCGAUGUAUAGCGAAUAUAUUGCAAACUUACUGACUGAACACAGUCGAGCCGUUGGCCCCGACCGUUUAAUUAACCGGCAAAUUGGUCUACCUACCGGUAACACGCAUAUGUAAGGAAUUGACGUACGGAUGGUGAAAAGAACGUGUUUGUGCCUCUCAUCUUGUCCCGCGGUGGCGCGCUUUUCAACACGUCAUCAUUGCGAAAUACGUGUUACGCAUAUACGUGUAUUAAAUCGUAAAUGAAUUGAAGCUGAAGAUCUCAUUUUACUCUCAAAGUCCCGGAUAACGAGCGUAGCGUACUCCUGCUUGUAUCGAAGUUUAUAAACAAAACAUUUAUGAAGUCUGAUCGACUGGAAAGGCAUGAAACUGAAACGAACGUUUUCAACGCGUUCGCGACUGUUUAAACUCCGAUCAGUUCUCAAACGCGUUUAGAUACAGCGGCGUUCUUCAAACUCGUGAUCGUGUAAGUUGCCUUUCCUUUGUUUUUUCUUCCUUUCCAAUGACUACGAGAAAUAAAUCGAUCGAGUCGAAUCAACUGUAACUCAUGUAUUCAAUCAAUGUAAUUCACGUAUUUUUUACACUUCUUUCUUGUUCUCGAAAUUUCCGAAUAUUUUUUUCUCUCUCUCUCUCUCUCUCUCUCGUCGUCAUCCUCAUUAAUUAUCCAACCAAUAUUUCCCGUCUGAAAUGAAAAAUUACCCAUUUAUUUUGUACGAUACACGAAGUAUAACAGUAUUAACGCUAUCUAGUAGAUAGCAGCAGAUUCGUGCUAAAUUGCACGUUAUCGCGUUUUAGUUAACAAAGUUUUUAACUAAUUUUUAUUUUACGCCUACACUGCCUGUUGUUAUUCUAUAUAAGUACACGAUUAUAUAUGAAAUCCUUAUACCUACUGUACAUAAAAUACAAUAUCAAGAAAUUACGUAUUUUGCUACGAAGCUGCUCAUACUUUGUAUCGAAUAUUUCAGUUAAUCGCAUAUCAUUUAAAACAAGCUUCGUAAAAAAAAAAAAAAAAAAAAAUAAUAUAUAUAUAUAUAUACAUUCUAAAGUGGGGAGAGUAAUACGAUCGCAAAUUCUAAAUUGUCCGAUUUCGGUUUCAUGCCUUCCAUCAAUUCAUUAUGUAAUAAAAGCUUAUACGUCGCAGGAAUCAAUACAAAUUACAUUUUACAUUACAUAUCGAAAAACAAAUAAAAAGAGAAAUUAAAAAUUUUCGUCUGUAGAUUCUCAUAUCUACCAUGAAAAUUGAAUAGAACGUAGAUCAACAUAUUAUACACACACAUAUGUAUUUCGAUAUAAUUGAUCCGUGUUCUAUCAAAACACGAAGAUUCGGGAAACUUUCUUGAAUCGUAUCUUAUCACCUAUAAAAGGAUCCGUUCAUUUCGGACAAACUUUUUUAUUCUUGAAACACGUGUGUUGAAAAAAAAAAAAAAGAUAAUUAUUAGAAUUGUAACGAAAAAAGAGAACCAAAGUAUGCUUGUAAUUGAAUAUACAUCAAUAUAGAUUUGAUUUUAAAGCAAUAAAAAGAACUUUUACCGUCUCUGUUUAACUCUAUGAAACGGAAUUUCCUUGGAACGAAUCGUUGUUUGCUAGAUCGACGCGAACGAUAUUGAAUUUAAACCAAAAAAAAAAAAAAAUAAAUAAAUAAAUAAAAAAAAGUAAAAAAAAAAAAUAAAACAAAACAAAUAAAUAAGUAAAUAAAAAAAACAAUAUAAAAAAUGUACGUGACAUAGAUAUAGAAUAUUGUGCACUUGGGGAGAACUUUGUUCAGGGCUUAUUUAAUAUGUUUGUUCCACGAAGUUAACAAGAAGAAGAGCGUUGCGACGUGAUAUAUUUGAAAUCCUCGUGGAUGUUUUUGAAAAUUCAUCCAAGCAGUGAAGAGAUACUUAAAUGAAGUGAAAAAAGCGCGCGAAGACGAAGGAGAAAAGAAUCUUAUCAGCCUUGCCGAUUAAACGAGCAAGUAAGAAUAUUUAAUAUGUUAAUAAUAUAGUUUUGUUACAAAUUUGCAAUACGAUUCGUUAAAAUAAGUUAUAUAUGUUUUAAAUGAAUUUAUUUUUAUUAGAACAAACUUGUUGUUGCGGAAAAAUUUGUAUUGUUCGUUUAUUUGCAGACUGAUCAAUAAUAAAAAGAUUGGAGUACAUUUAAUCUCAAGUUCUUAUUAUAUCUAUGAAAUUGAUCGAUAUAUUUUCCGACAUAUUGUAACAUAUAAGAUGUGUAGAUAUUAAAUCUUUGAAAAUUGUCGAAACGUUUUCAAAAAAGAUGCAUUGUUAAAAAAAAAAAAAAAACGUCCUUUUAUCCUUUGCUAUUCGUAUAUGAAAAUGAAGCUAUAGAAAGAAUAAGAAAAAAAAAAAAAAAUAAGAAAGAAUAGAUUUUCUAAAAAUUACUUACUUAUCUAUAAAUAUUACAAAUACUGUUCGUUAUAUAAAAGAUAUAUAAAAGAUUACCAAGAUAUGAAAGUAAAUACAUAUAACGAUAUAUAAGUAAAUUAAUAAAAAAGAGAAAUAAAGAUAAUAAUGAUAACAGAAGAGAAAAACUAUCGAGGUAAAGUCAUUAGAUAAUCCAUUGGUUGAUAUAGAAAAUAAAAAGAAAGGAUAAAUUAGACGUAACGUAACGUGAUCGAUGAUAUACAAAUUUUCUCUCGGAGAAAAAUUUUAUUUAUUAGAAAAGUACUUGAUUUAGGACCACACAAAUUUGUAACAAAACGCAAUCGAUUGACCGAAGAAGAGAGUUUAAUCGGCUAGUUAGCAUAGAUGUUUUUCUUCUUGCAGGAAUAUAUUAAGAGGCAAUAUAAUUGACAAAUUGUCACUUAUCUCCGCGUGAAGAUGGCGAAUACUAAGAUUAUCGUGUCCGAAGGUCCGAACUUCUACUAGUCUGGCCAACGAUUGCGUACCACUGCCGAGCCAUAAUGAUGUACCGUGUUAGUGUACCGUGAGUGCCCGUACACGUUUCAAUAUUUAACGAUGGCCAAGCACAUCCGACGACGAGACGUUCGAUGUACUUAGAGCGAACGAGAGCGAAAGAGCGAGAAAGAAAGAGCAGGAUUAAAAGAGAGAGUGUAUCAUGAUUUGUGUAAAAAGAAAGAAAGAAAGAAAAAAAAAAAAAAGAAAAAAAAAAGAGAAAAUAUUAAGAAAGCAUUAUGCCGCUAGCUUCUUCACAUCUGAAUGUAUCAUGUUGUUAUUGACCGUCGGAUGUCUUGAAGUAAUACGCUUAAAUGGAGAUGAGAACUAAACCCAUUAACUUUGUAGAUUUCCUCUCUCGUUAUUAUCUGUAUCUUCCCACUAAAUAUGCAAGAGUAUUGUUCCUUUUAUAAAACUUGCUUGCGCAAGUAAACGUCGAACAAUCAGACGUUACAUUUGUAUACAGAGAAAGAGUGUGCGAAUGCGAUGUGCUAUGAGGAGAGAAUGGCCGCUGAAAUGUGUGAUCGAGAGAAAAAAAGAAACGAAGAAAAGAGGAGUGACAGAGCUAAAGAGAUAGAAUAUAGAAAGAAGUGGAAGGACAUCUUGUUGUCCUUCGGUGUGUAUGCUUUUACGUGGAAAGAGAACGAAUCUUCGUGUUAUUCGAAUGCUAAGGGACUGAUGUUUCUUAUGUUUCCUUACUUUUUGUCAAUAGUAUCAUUUGUAAUUAUGAUCUCUUGAUGGAACAUAUAUUUAUACCACAAAAUACACAUACAACAUAUGCACAUAUACCAAAUUUCGUAAUUAGAAUAUACAUUAAUAAUGAAUUCCAAAAUUAAUUAACAAUAUCUUUAUGAAAGAAGAUAGAGAGAAAGGGAGAGAGAGAGAGAAAGGGAAAGAAAGAAGAAGAAUGACAAUGAGAAUGUAUGGAAGAGAGUGAAAGCAA